AAUAUCCGCUUCCGGUUCGCAUGCGCAUGUUUAAGUAAAGUGCGCGAAUAGCAGAAACAAUUUUGGAAGUAAACAAAUGUCACAAACAGUUGAUUUGCGGCCUGUCUGCAUUUAAAAGUAAUAUUUUCAAGUUAAUGAGAGUGAAUGUUAAUGAUUUUAAGAUAUGGCAGAUGACCAUGAUUUUGACCAAACACAGGCCUUGUUUCUUGAUGAAUUUGAACAAGAUGAAGAUGAUGUAUCAGAUAAUAAAAAAAGUGUGGCUAUUUUAAAUGUUUCCUGUCAGAAAGGCUUUCCUGAAAAAUCAUUUCCACUGUAUGAAGGAAACAAUGUGAUUGGGCGGCAUGAAGAAUCUUGUAAUGUCUGUAUUCCAUUGAAGGGAUUAUCCAGAGAACAUGCAUGCAUUGAAAUAAAGGGAGAAUCUUUUCUGAUAUAUGAUAAAAAUAGCAGAAACAAGACUAAAAGAAAUCAGCUUUACUUGAGUCCAGAUGUGCGAUAUGAACUAAAGAAUGGGGAUAACCUAAUGUUUGGUGAUGUUACAUGUAAAUUUUACAUUGGAAAUAAGGAUGUAGAUGCUGGUUCAGAGACUGGAUCAGAAUCAGAAUAUCAGACUGCCAAUGAUGUUAAGGAUGUGACUGUUGAGUUUGAAGAUGAUUAUGACAGUGAUAACAGUGUUGACUUGUUACAACCAACACAGGCAUACACCAAUCAUACACAGAGGCACAAUGCUACAAAAUCUUUACUGGUGGAUGACUCUAUUGUUGAAAAAGAGACUACAGUACUUGUUGGUGAGACUCCUGCACGACAAAAAGUGACAACUGGUCCAGUAAUUGAUGAUUCUGGUUCUGAAACAGAAGAUGAAGAUGUCUUAUCUAAUAAUGUACCACAAACAUUGGUUGUUGAAGACACACAGAAGGAUGAAAGUGGUGAUGCUGAAAUACUUUAUGCCCAGACACAGGCAUAUGUUGGAGAGAGUGAUGUCGGAGAUGAGACUGAUGAAGAUGAUAAAAAAUUAUUAACAGAACCUACCCAAGCGUUCACUGAUAUACAGGAAAGACAGGAGGUAGAACCAACUCAGACAUUUGUAGCAGAGAGUGACGAAGAGGAUGAGGAUGACAGAAAGAAAGCAUUACAGUUUGCAGCAACUCAGGCCUACCACACAGAGGAUUUUGACGAGCCUACACAAACAACAGAGGAUGAAGGAGAAACUGUUGUAGAAUCAGAUGAGGAGGAUGUCAGCCAUUUGUUUGCCACCUCAACUUUAGCAUGUGAUGUUGAUGAUUUCCCUGAGGAGGAUGGGAGACAAGUAAUAACAGCUGAUAACACAGUUGAUCAAGAAACGGAAACACAAGCCAUUCUAGAUGAAGCCACACAAGCAGUUAUUGAAGAAGAUGAAGCUACUCAGGUUUUCUCAAAUGUCAGAGAUUAUGGCGAUGAUGCUACUCAAGUCGUCAAAGAGGUAGCUAGUCCAUCUAAGAAAGUGGCAUUUGAUGAUGCCACUGUGGCUGUACAAGAAGAUGCCACAGUAGCAAUUCUAGAAGAUGCCACCGUAGCAGUUCAAGAAGAUGCCACAGUAGCAGUUCAAGAAGAUGCCACAAUGGCAGUUCAAGAAGAUGCCACAAUGGCAGUUCAAGAAGAUGCCACAGUAGCAGUUCAAGUAGAUGCCACAAUGGCAGUUCAAGAAGAUGCCACAGUAGCAGUCCAAGAAGAUGCCACAAUGGCAGUUCAAGAAGAUGCCACAGUAACAGUACAAGAAGAAGCAACUGUAGCUGUUCAUGGCGAUGCCACUGUUAACAUUCAUGGAGAUGCUACUGUUGAUGUUCAUGGAGAUGCCACUUUAGCUUUACCAGAAGCCACAGUCUCUGUUCAUGGAGAUGCCACUGUUGCUGUUCAUGGAAAUGCUACUCUAUCAGUUCAUGGAGAUGCCACUUUAGCUUUUCAAGGAGACUCAACAGUUGCAGUUCAAGAAGAAGCUACCUUGGCAAUACAAGAUGACACAGUUGCUGAAGUAGAAGAUGUCACUUGUAUUCAAGAUGCGGCAACUAUUGCAGUCAAAGACGAUGCCACUUUAGCAGUUCAACCAGAUGCCUAUGAUUUUGUUGACGAUGACCCACAUCUUGAAGUACAAAAGAAAGGAAAAGGAAGAGGUAGACCUAAAAGAUCAGAAACUGCUUCAAUUAAAUCUCAAGACAACAGUGAUAAAACUGCUACAAGUAAGGGAAAGAGAAAGGCACCAGUGAAACAAACAGCAAAGGUAGAAACAGUCAGGAAAAGAGAAGAUUCAGUGACAAGUAGUCAAGAAUCAGACGAUGGCAAUGUUAGGCGAUCAGGAAGAUCUAAACGUAAAAGUUUCAGAAUGCUUGAAAUGGAACAGAGUAUGGAUGAUAUGAAAGGCAUAGAUAAAUCCAUCAGAAAAGGUGAAGAUUACAGUCCAGACCCAAGUGAUACAGAAGAUGGCAGUCCUAAGAGAGGUCAUAAGGUCACCAAAACAGCUAAUCAAAGUCAGGAGAAAGAUAUCAGUGAAACAGAACUGCCAACCUUGUCUGUGGAGGAAGAAAUUGCACUUGUGCAGAAAAAUAUACCUCCUCUACCAAAGGAAACUGUAAAAAAGACUGAGGCUGAAUUUUUAAUGUCCUUACCAGCUCUGCAAGAUAAAAAAUCUCCAGCUCCAGGACUGACAGAAGCAACCCAAGCCUAUACAUUAGAACCUGAAGAAGAGUUACCUCUCCCUGAAAUGGUAGAAGCCACACAGCCAUAUGUCAUGAGUGAGGAAGAUUCCACUCAACCUCCAGAUGAGGAAGGAUUAAAGGAGGAAGGGGACAUAACUCCUCCUAUUGAAGAAGUCUUAGCAGCAACACAGAAUUACAGUUUGGAGGAAGAGGUUGUUGCUGACAGUGAAGAUUCUGAAUUAAGAUCUCCGUUGAUCUCCAUUCCUUCAAGAUCUCCACUAAAACCAACAUUAGUAUCACCAAAUAAAAGGGAAAAGAAAUCACCAUCUCCAAAACGUGUACAGUUUACUGUUAAAAAGAUUGAUUCAUCGUCAACCAGUGCAAGUGAGAACAAUGAUAUGCCAACUGAAAGUGAGGCUGCAGAGAAAUCAGAGCAGAAGGAUACAGCAACCAGCAGACCAUCAAGGUCAAAAGUUAAAGAAGCUAUUAUCAAAAAAGUUAGAAAUAAACGUACUGCUGAAGCAGAAUCUCAUCCAAUUAGUGAAGGAGAAAAUAAAAUUGUAACUGAAGUGAAAAAGGACAGACAAUCAGUGCUUUCUAAACAAGAAACAAAUAAAACUGAAACUAAAACAACUCGUAAAGGGAGGUCAGCUAUACCUGACAAUAAUCAGAAAACUGAAGAGCUUAUCAAUGAUAAGGCUGAUACAUCAGCAACUGUUUCAGGGGAGACAACUAAAAAAACAAGAGGCAGGCAGUCAACUGCUUUGAUCGAAAAUGUAAAAUCAGAAGAAACAGUUCCAGCCUUUAAAGGCAGGGGAAGAAAAUCUGCAGCUUCUAAAAAGGAAACAAAUAAAAGGGGAAAAAAGGAUGAUAUUGUUAUUAAUGAACAGGUUGAGGAAGAUAAUACAGAAACAGUGGCAUUGAUAAGUGAUGGGGAAAAUGAAGAUUCUGUAAAACCUGAAAACAGAGGUUCAGGAAGGGUAACAACAGAACAAGUUGAUAAAACAGGAGAAACUGAGACCUUGCAGACAUCUAGUCGUAGGAGUAGGUCUUCAGAAAAGGAAUUGUCAGAGCCUGGAACAAGUCAUAGUGAUACAACGACUGCUAAGCAUGAUGAAAAGAUAACAGAGAAAAAAACAGAAGCAAAAAAGUCAAGAGGAAGAAAGGGCAAAGCAUCAAUUGAUCCUGUAGUAGACAAUGAAAAAGAAACAGUCAUUAAAAGUGAAGAUGAUAAAAUGGAAAAAUCAGCAGAAAUUGAUAAAAGUGUGUCAAAAACAACAAAAGGUGGUAGAAGGGGUAGAUCUUCUGUUGUUCCAGAAAUGACAGACAGUGCAAUAAGUGAAGCUGAAGAAUUCAAGGCAACAAAACCAACUGGUAGGAGGGAAAGAAGUGUAGCUGAAAGUGAAAGUAAUACCACAACAAAUAAAACUGAUCAAGUGAAAACGGGUAGAAGAGGAAGAACUUCUGUUUUAGGAGAAAGUGAAAGUAAGAUAAGUUCAGAAACAGAAAGUCAGGCUAGUGAAACAGGAAGUAAAACAAAACAAACCGGUAGAAGAGGAAGAACUUCUGUUUCAAGAGAAAGUGAAAGUACAAACGGUUCUGAAUUAGAAAGUCAGGAAAGUGAAACAGGUAGUAUAACAAAACAAACUGGUAGAAGAGGAAGAAAAUCUGUUUUAGAAAAAUCCGAAAGUAAAAUCAGUUCUGAAACAGAAAGUCAGGAAAGUGAAACAGGAAGUAUAACAAAACAAACUGGUAGAAGAGGAAGAAAAUCUGUAUUAGAAAAAUCUGAAAGUAAAAUCAGUUCUGAAACAGAAAGUCAGGAAAGUGAAACAGGAAGUAUAACAAAACAAACUGGUAGAAGAGGAAGAAAAUCUGUUUUAGGAGAAACUGAAAGUAAAAACAGCUCUGAAACAGUAAGUCAGGAAAGUGAGGCAGGGAGGUCAUCAUCUCAGCCUCCGAUAAAAACAUUAGAAGUAUCAAAACCUGUCAACAAAGGUAAAAGGGGUAGAAGUUCUGUUCUGCCUGGAACAGAAAAUAAAGAUGAAUUAAUGCUGCCACCAAAAAGUGUUGGACGAAGGGGUAAGAAAAUUGCUGAUGACAGCGCUACUUCAGAUGUACAAAAUAAUAGAAGAACUUCAAGACAAUCAAAAAUUAGUGAAUUCGUUAAUGAAAAUGAUAAAGAUGAAUCAAGUGAAAAAGAAAAAAGUUUUGACUUGGAUAUUCAAGAGAAAGAUAAAAGUGAGUCAUCUAGUAGUAAUAUUAGAGGAAGAUCAUCUUCACGGACACGAAAAAAUGAAACUGUAGAAAUUGUGAAAGAAAAUAAUUCAAAACCAACAAAUAACAAACGGAAGAGAGAUUCAUCUAUUGAUGCAUCAGACGUUUCACCAUCAACUUCAAAAAGAGCUAAAACUGCUGAAAAUAGUAAUGUUUUGGAAAUAAAAAACCAAAGGUCAAAAGGUAGAACUUCAAAUGUUAAAAAUGAAUCUCCAAACAAAGAAGAAACAUCUAGAUCUAGCAGUAGAUCAAGUACACACAAUAGUGAUCAAUCUUCUGUCGUUAGUGAACAUAGCAAAGAUCAGAAAACUACGAAAUCAGAAUCAAAGAAAAGAGGAAGGAAUAGUGAUGAGAGCGUUUCAGAAACUCCUGCCAAAAAAUCCAGGGUAACAGCAGAGCAAUCCACACCUAAACAGAAUAACACCUCAGCAGUGAGUUCUCCAUCACUAAGGAGGAAAUCUGUAGAACCUAACAAACCAAAAGUUAUGUUCACAGGAGUUGUGGAUGAACAUGGUCAAAAGAUAAUAAAAGAACUUGGAGGAGAAUUUGUAAACUCAGUACAGGAAUGUACACAUCUUGUUACAGAUAAGGUAAGAAGAACAGUAAAGUUCCUGUGUUGCUUAGCCAGAGGUAUUCCAAUUGUAACUUUACAGUGGAUAGAAAGUUGUAAACAGUCGGCCAUGUUUGUAGAUUGUCAUAAGUUCCCAGUGAAGGAUACAGCAACAGAAAAGCAAUACAAAUUUUCACUGUCCAGAUCUCUAGAAAAAGCCAAAGAAUCGUGUUUAUUGCAGGGAUAUAAAGUACAUGUAACCAAAUCUGUCAAACCAGAGCCUAGUCAAAUGGAAGAAAUAAUUGAAUGUGCAGGAGGUCAGUAUCUAUCCACAAUACCAAAGAAAGGGGGAGAUAAUAUAGUCAUUGUUUCCUGUCCUGAUGAUGAAUCACUCUGUACUGCAGCAAUAAAGGCAGGGAUACCAGUUGUUAACUCUGAGUUUAUUCUGACAGGAAUACUCAGACAGGAAGUGAAUAUCAACUCAUAUUCAAUAUUCAAAGACCAGCAGAAGGACAGCCAUGGUUCAGCCAGUAAGAGGAAACGUUGAAAGCAGUCAUUUAUUAAAAACAAAAGUAGACAUUUUAAAUAAAAAUUGAAUUAUAUUUUAUUAUGCAAAUUUGAUAGUGUAUUAUCAUGUUCGCUUCAUUUAUUUAUUAAAGUAAUGCUUUUAAAAAAAGACGUGGGCAUUUUUAUUCCACAGAAAUUCAUUUAUUCAUGAAUAAUUAUUUCUUGAGUUAACUUAGGUUUUUUAGGGAACAUUUGAUUUUUUUUUAUUUGAUAGUUCAAUUAAAGUGAAAAUUAUACAGUAAAAAGUUAAAUAGGUCAAUUUAGUAGUGCAAUAUUAUACUUUGAUUGAAAACACAGUUUAUUAGUAACAGACACCAUUUAUUAUAUGUGUCCCCACACAACACUAUGAAAAUGCAUUUAAUUUUAAAUUCUAAUCUCUGUGUUGAUGUUAAACUAUUUGCAAGAAAUCCAUAUUGUUUUUAAAAGAAAUGUUGUGAUGAUUUCAGGAAGCAUUUAACCUGUCUUAACAAUUUCAAUUUUGUUUUGAAACUUCAAAAAAUGUGUAAAAGUCAAGUUGUUUACUAGUAUUUUAAUACCUUAUUUAAGGUGAUCAAAUGCUGCCUUGUACAUAGCUUUGUUGCUUUGUUUUAAAUGUAAAUCACAUAUUGUUUUCUGUUUUUGAUAGAAAUGGUAUCUGUAGUUUUGCCAUCAAUCAUUGUAUCCUUUAGAUUUUAAAAGUUUUAUGCAGAUUGUAAAAUUUGAAACACUUUAUUCCUAAACCUUGUUACCUAGUUAAUUCUGUGAUAAAUGCUUUUAAUGUUUUCAGUUAUUAUUAUAAUUUCUUAUUGACAAUGUUAGUUUUAAUUGUGACAAUGUAAUAUAUAUAUUUUACUAGUUAUAGGAAUGAAAACCCAUAUUAUAGGUCGUCUGUUACUAUCAUGACUAUAUAUACAUGUAUUGUAUGAUGAUAAUACAUGUACUUUGAAAAUUAAUCACUGUCAUUCAAAUACAUUAUUAUCAUGGUUCAUAGACAUUUUUGUUAAAAGUAGUGAAAAAUGUUGGUUUAGGGUAGUAUGUGGUCACCUCAAAUUGAAACUUAGUACAAAUAACAGGCUAUUAUUUGAACUUGGAAUUAUUUUUAAUUAUGGAAUUUGCAUAAUUUCUUGUUCUUGAAUUUUUUUGAUAAAUUCCAUGUUUAUAUGUUAUCAUAUUGUUUUGAGCUGUUCAUAACACUUUCCAUACAAAAUAUUUUGUAUAGAUAGUGUUGUGUGCUGCACAGUACAUUCUAUUGAAAAUGUACUAUCUUCUUUGUAAUAGAAAGUAUUGUGCAAAGCAGAGAACAUUAUGGUAGAGGAAUUUAUAAAAAAAAAUUCAAGCACAAGAAAUUAGACAAAUUCCAUAAUUGGUCCAAGGACACAGUUAUCGUCCUUUGGUUUUCGUUGUCUACGAAUAAAAUCCCUAGUGUAAACAGUGUAUAACUUGCAUAUUUUAUUUGAUACACUCUCUCAAUUUAUUUCUUGAUAUUAAAUGCAUGAAAUAUUAAGAAGGGGGAUGUAAUUACAUGUCAAAAAAAUUUUGGUGCUUAAUCUUAAUGUUAAGUAGUGAUUUGGUCCAGUUCUAAAAGGUCAAAUUUUAUCACGUCUGAAGCUGUCAAACUGAAUUUUACACCUCCUUAACACAGAAUUGUCAAUUUUUUUAGUUAGAGCUGGGAGAAGUUUCUAUAAUUUUGAUAUUAUUUGUCUUACUGGUAGUACACUACACUGUAAAAAUCUUUUUGAGAAAGAGCAGGUGCGAUUUUUUUAAUUUGAAUUUAUUGUCUAAAAGAAAUGCACUACGAAAUAACUGUGUUCUCGAGCCAAUUAAAAAUAUUCCAAGUUCAAAUAAUAGCCUGUUAUAUGUUCAUUACUGAGUGAAAUUUUAUAUAUGGGAAAAAAGGGUUUUGAGCAAAGUUUCUGUGUUCACUAAGCCAAUGUGUAAGUGUGAGUUGAUUAUGGAUACAUAGUCUUUUUAAACUUAUAAAUGGUUUAAAUUAAUUACUGUUUUAAGAAACAGAAUUUUGGCAAUUGGAUAAAAAAUGUUUUCAGUGAAUUUGAUUGUUCUUAUAAAUAAAAAGAAAUAGAAAGACAGGGAUUUUUGAGAGAGUAAAAUUAAGAUAUAAAGAAAUGCAAGCAUCUGGGCUCUUGGCUAUAUCAAUCACUCUUGAGAGAACCAAUUAAUUUAUGACAUAUCUAAAAUACAGGUCCAAAGAUUGAUUUAUCAGCAUUGUAUUAUUUUUUACUCGAAGGUAGUUAAAUGUGCUCUUACUUUUUCUUAUAUAAUAAUUUAGCAACAGAAAUUGACACUAGUGGUGGGCUUAUAUUUCUUAUUAUGAAUCAUUAAAUGAAAAAGAUCUUUUUAUACCUUAUCAUAAUAUAAUUUUGGAUGUAACACCUCUUCUGAUUGGCUGACGUUAUUUUGUUAUGAGCCCAGACAUAAUUUAGUCAUGUGACCAAAACGUCAUUUAAUUUUUCUUGUUCACCCAGUUUAUUUUUCUCUUUAGACUAAGACAAUCCUUAUGAAAUAUUAGAUGUUUUCACAACCUACAGAAGGAAACAUACAUAAAUUAUAGUGACAAAUGAUAUUAUCCUUAAUUGUUGGCCUGACACAUGAUAAAAAAUUGAAAUUAAAAAAAAGAAAAAAUAAUUAUCUGUGAGUUACUUAAUACAAGAACUGUUUAUAUCAAAACUUUUUAUUGCAUAACAGUAAUAAAGUCAUUACAUCUAGUAUAUUUUGUCUUGACAUAAGACGUCAAGACGCAUGAAAAGGAAGUUUUAACUGUUAUUCAAUAUGUAUUUCCUUUAUAAAAACCAUUUAUACAUUAGAUAGAUAACAUUCUUACUUUACAAAUUGAAUUUUUUAUAGUUAUGUAAUAAGCCAUUUAUUUUUAUUUUUUUGCAAUACUGAAAUUUGAAUUGGAAGUUAUAUGUACUAUUGAUAUGUUAUUUAUAAUUAAUAGAUUAAAUGUCAGAUCAGGCCCUUUCAUUCUAUGGUUCCUUUUUUAUUGAAAACAUUUUUUUUGUGUGUGGAAUGGGGUUUAUUUUCUUACUGUAUGAUUGUAUAAAUAGGGCAUUAACUUAUGCAUGCUUUUAAUGUAUUAUUGACCAUGUGUGUUGAAAGAUGGCUAUUUAUAGACAGUUUUUAGUCAUUAUUGAAGGAGAAAAAAAAACAACAUUUGUAUUAUAAGAAAAAAGUAUUUUUCACCAGAAAAAGGCAAAAAUAGCAACAACAAAAAACCUCAUUUUAAAGUUUAUCUGAAAUUGUUUCUUGGUUGAAUGUGUUUUGCUUUUUAAAUACCAUAUAGAACAAUGCAACCAUUUGUUAAUCUUAGUGUGUUACUACUGCCUUGUUGUUACAGCUCUGGGCUCUCUAGGCUAGGCUGACUGAAGUACACAUUCUCAUCUGACAGGGGUCACCAUAUCAUGACCUCAUAUGCAUAGUUCAGUGCAUCUUCGCUAGCCAAGGGUUACGAUCCACUCCCGCUCUCUUCACCCUUGGCGGAUUGAGCCAACAUUGUGAUAACAAUGUUGCGCCAUCUAUCGGAAGAUAAAAACCAAGCCAAUUCCGAAUACAUUAGUCUUGACCAAUGGUAGCACUUGAACUCUUCAGCUUGGAGGUAAAAACACGGUAGCGUCUAGAUGCUACACACUUGGUAAAGACGGAAAUGAAAGCAUACGUCAACAUUCAUGCAUUUGUGCAUGAAACAUACACAGGAACUUCCAUUUGUUGAUUAAAAACAUUCAAGUUUUCACUAAAUAUAGUCGUAUGUUUAGGGAUGUAAAGGCUUGUUGCACAAAAAACACGUGGCAAUUGUUUACAAACACUUUCUACAUUUACACGUGAUCAUGUUACAGGCGCAUUUUGAUUGGAUGCAGCGAGUUUUGACUGCAACCAAUAAAAAUCCUUACCUUGUGUCUCCGAAAUUUUAUCUCAAUCCGCCAAGGGUGAAGAGAGCGGGAGUGGAUCGUAACCCUUGGCUAGCGAAGAUGAGUUCAGUGAAUAGAUGUCUAAGCCAGUUUUGUUGAAUAACAACAUGAUUAUUGUCUUUAAUCUGAUUGAAAGGUCAGCUUGCUAAUCUGAUUUAUAUAUAUAUGUGUGUGUGUAAUCUUGAAGUAUGUACCUAUAUUUGCCUGUUUUCCUUUUGUAAGUCAUUGGUUCUCUUGGGGACUUAGCCUCCUCCUACCAAUCAAACAUGACGUGAUAAAGCAGUUGCAUCAAACACUAACCAUCAAUAAAUCAUUGGCAAUCAUAUCACAUCUCCACAUUUUAUAGAAUUUUUUUAAUUUUAUGUUAGUUGACCUUGACCUCACACUUUUAACCUGAUGUUGUAUAAUAUUAUAAUUACCUGAGAGAAAUGAUAAUUACCUGUUAAUGAUUGGUGUUUAGUGUGUGUAGUGCCAUACAGUUAUGAACAUUAGUUCUGUAUUAUCUAUUAUUCAAUUUUAACAUAACACUUUGUAAAACCUUGGCAGCAUUUCUUAAUAAUCAACUCAAUAAACUCAUUAUGAAAUUUA